AUGAAUUCGCGAGGAAGAUAUCCACCGGGUAUCGGAAAUGGUCGCGGCGGUGGUAGUGUAACUGCUCAGAGUGCAAACCCUAAUCCUAACCCUAACCCUAACCCUAACCCUAACCCUAGCUUCAACCCCGGUUAUUAUUCUAGAAACCCUCAUCAAAUGCAACCACAAUACGUGCAGAGAGCUCCACAGAAUCAGCAGCAACAACAGUGGCUCAGACGAAACCCGAUUGGGACUGAACCCGCUGUCAAUGAAGUUGAAAAUGCAGUUCAGUCCGAGGCCAUGGAUUCAAGACUUGGCACUCAUGAUUGGAAGGCUCAAUUAAAGCUACCGCCACCUGACACUCGUUACAAAACAGAGGAUGUCACUGCAACAAAAGGAAAUGAAUUUGAAGACUACUUUCUAAAACGUGAGCUGCUAAUGGGUAUAUAUGAGAAAGGGUUUGAGCAACCUUCUCCCAUUCAGGAAGAGAGUAUUCCUAUCGCUCUGACCGGAAGCGAUAUUCUUGCCAGGGCUAAAAAUGGAACUGGCAAAACAGCUGCAUUCUGCAUUCCUGCGUUGGAAAAAAUUGAUGCUGACAACAAUGUCAUUCAAGUUGUUAUACUCGUCCCCACUAGAGAGUUGGCUCUUCAGACAUCACAGGUUUGUAAGGAACUCGGUAAGCAUUUGAAGAUUCAAGUGAUGGUUACAACAGGAGGAACCAGUUUGAGGGAUGAUAUCAUGCGUUUGUAUCAACCAGUCCAUUUGGUGGUUGGAACUCCUGGAAGAAUACUUGAUCUUACCAAAAAGGGAGUGUGUGUUUUGAAAGAUUGUACAAUGCUUGUUAUGGAUGAGGCUGAUAAACUUUUGUCACCGGAGUUUCAACCUUCAGUGGAGUAUCUUAUUUCGUUCCUUCCUGAGAAUCGGCAAAUUUUAAUGUUUUCAGCUACCUUUCCAGUGACUGUCAAAGAUUUCAAAGAUAGAUAUUUGCGAAAACCUUAUGUCAUUAAUCUGAUGGAUGAACUUACUCUAAAAGGGAUCACACAAUAUUAUGCUUUUGUUGAAGAAAGACAGAAGGUUCACUGCCUCAAUACUCUUUUCUCCAAGCUGCAAAUCAAUCAAUCAAUUAUUUUUUGCAAUUCUGUGAAUCGAGUCGAAUUGCUGGCCAAAAAAAUAACGGAGCUGGGCUACUCUUGCUUCUAUAUUCAUGCUAAGAUGCUGCAAGAUCAUCGGAAUAGAGUAUUUCAUGACUUCCGCAAUGGUGCAUGCAGAAACCUUGUUUGCACAGAUUUAUUCACGAGGGGGAUAGACAUUCAAGCCGUAAAUGUUGUCAUAAAUUUUGAUUUUCCUAGGAACUCGGAGACUUACUUACAUAGAGUGGGUCGUUCAGGAAGGUUUGGACAUCUUGGGUUGGCUGUUAAUUUAAUUACUUAUGAAGACCGCUUCAACUUGUAUAGGAUGGAGCAAGAGCUUGGGACUGAAAUAAAACAAAUUCCUCCCCAUAUAGAUCAAACUAUCUACUGUCGGUGAGCUGUAGUGAACAUCGUAUAGUGGUGAGUGUGACAAAUGUUUGAAGCAUUCUCUUGCCAUUAUUUGAUUUAUGCACGGGAACUAGGGUGCAAAUUAACAGCCUUAUGCACAGCUCAGGUUUCACUUGAUCACAAAUUUGUUCCGGCCUGUGUUUUCUCUAUUUUUUCUGCAUUAGAAAAAUUCUAGCUGAGCAGAUACAUCUCUUGAGCAGAAAGCGGUUGCAUGUAAUUCAGCUCAUAAAUGGAAUUUGCUCUCAUCAGUAUGUCUGGUUGUUGGAAGUUCCAUGAAUGGUUAUUUCACUGCUGCAUGUUUGCUUGGUUUCGUUUCUUUUGACCAAUUCUAGGCUAUUUUUGGUUGGAUUAAUUUAAUGACUUCCAUCCAUCUUACCUACAGGGUGGUUUCCAUUCUAAUUUAACUAUCAAACUCUGUAGCUUAGAGUUAAGAUGACAAUUAGGAGAGUGCCCGGGUCUGAAUAAAAAGGGUUACCCUAGUCUUAAAGACGUGCUGUUGUUUUUUUUGAAAUUACAAUUACAUUAAACAACUGACUGUUUCGUUUUGCGGUAGGUUUGCCUUGCCUAUGUAUUAUGCAUCCUUUAGAUACACAUUAAGGAUGUUGUGAAUUUGUUUUUCAGUAGUAGUAUAAUCUUCAAGGAUCUUAUGUUCGGAUUUGUCAUGACAACUGAAUCUCUGUGAUCAUACUUAUUUUUCUUAUCUCUUUUUGUCAAAUGAAAUAUUCUGUUGUACAUGGUGAUUAAGAAUAAGGAUGAAUUGCUCUUUGCACCAGAGAUCUCAGGUUCAACUGUUCACAUGCCCUCUAAGGGUCAAUUAUCCUUGUUCUUCAGGGUACAUGUUUUAAACUUGCUGAGGCUAUGGUAUCUAGUAUUUGAACUGGGAGUAGUUGGCUCAAGUCUCCACACUAUGAAAGAUUUAAAAAAUUUUACUUUUUACCCCAAAAGAUGAGAUUUUUACAUUGUAUAUUUAUUUAAUGUAUUAAAAGUGUUGUAAGGAGAUUCUUCAGCUAACGGUGGUACAGAACUCUCAUAAGACUUUCAUGUUUGUAACUUUCCAGGAAAAAAUGUUUCAUAUACAACUUUUUUCCUGAAAAGGGGUUG